GAGACGACGCGCAGCAAUCGAGCCCUGAGCCACAGACUCACGGGCUUCGAGCCCGACGACAGCAGCCAUGAGUGCGCUGCACGCGCGUAAGACGGCGCACGGCACCGCUGCGACAGCCGAUGAAGCGGUAGCAACACAAGCAGUGGGCGACCGUCCGCCGCCCGAGGCCCAGCGCGAGCUCUUCGCGCGGGCCUGCGCGGCGCCCGCAACAACAACAAUCCUCGUCGACGCGCAGUUCCUCGCGCAGUGGCGCCUGCACACGUCGCGCAAGAGUGGCGCGCCGGCGCCCGCAGCGAUGGACAACCGCGCGGCGGCGCGGCGCGGCGCGGUCUGGUGGCGCGACUUCGAGUGCGUGCCGCCGGCGGCCUACGACCUGUUGGUGAAGUGGUACGGCGGCGGCCCGCGCGUUGCGCGGCCCGUCGCGGCGAGCGGUGUUGUUGGAGAUGCCGUCGCGCGGCCCUGCGCGACGGCAGUCGCGCGGCCCUGCGCGGAGCCGGUCGACGCGGCCUGCGGCAAUUGUGGAAGGGCCCUGGCCGUGGCGACGGCCCGCGGCUGCGGCGCCUGCCGCGCCGUGGCCUACUGCGGCGAGGCGUGCCAGCGGGGCCACUGGGCGCGGCACCGGCGCGACUGCAGUCAAUGGCGCGACGACGAUGACAAACCAUCGAAGGACGCCGUCGAGGCCUUCGCGCGGUUGCGAGAUGCGUGCUACGUCGACCAGCGGCGCGGGCUGCGCAAUCUCGGGAACACGUGCUACUUCAACGCGACGCUCCAGUGCCUGGCGCGCUGCGCGCCGCUGUCCAGAUAUUUGCUGAGCGACGCGUUCGUGAAGGAUAUCAAUGAAAGUAACAAGCUCGGGUCGCCGCGGGCCGAGCUCGCGCGCGAGUACGCCGCGGCGCUCAAAAGAUGUAGAAGGGCGCCGCGCGGCGCCGUCGCGCCCAAGGGUUUGUUGAAUGCGGUCGCGCGCUUCCGGAGCGACUUCGAGGGCCGGCGCCAGCAGGACGCGCACGAGCUCCUGCAAGUGCUACUCCACGGCCUCCACGAGGACCUGAACAGGGUGCGGGGGCCGAAGCCCUACUUCACGAAGCCCGAGUCGACGAAAGCGACGGACGACGCGAAGGUAGCGAGGGCGCACGCGCGGGGCGAGGCGCUCCGCGACGACUCGGUCGUGAUGGAGGCGUUCGGCGGUUUAUUGAGAUCGACGGUCGAGUGCCCGGCCUGCGGCCACCGGUGUGCGCACUUCGAGGAGUUCCUGUCGUUGGAGGUGGAGCUCGAAGGCGAGGACAAUGGGACGGAGACGGUCGACGACGACGACGACUCGGGGAACUCGGACGACGAUUCUAAUGAUACGAUGCCGGCCGGGGCCGUGGUCCUGUACCCUUCUCCUGUAGGGAUCCCCUGCCCGCCCUUCGAGGUGCCCGACGAGGGGAGGGUCAAGGCCGUGCGCGCGGCGGCGGCGAAGGCGCUUGAUGCGAGUGUGAAUGAUGUUGUGCUCGCGACGCUGGCCGCGGGCGACGUUGUCGACGACGGCGACGAGCUCCCGGACGGUUUGGCCGCGCUCGCGCUGCCUGACAACUCGAACGCGUGCCUCGCGUACGGCGGCGAACCCCUGCCGCGCGCCGUUUUAUAUAAACCCGACGAGCCCGCGGCGGACCUCGCCGCGCGCGCGCUCGCCGCCUACGAUCAGGUAGUAGGCUCCGACCCCUGCGCGCGGCUCCGCGUCGCCGCGCGGCCCGCCAACGACGACGACGACGACGCCGUGUCGGUCGGCGACGACUGGCGCGUGGCGCGCGACCGGCGGCGGAAGAAGCGGCGCGACGGCGACUGCGGCGCGUUGCUGGGCGCGGCGCGCGUGCACCGCGUCGAUGUCGUGCUCGACGAGGACGAGGAUCCCGCCGAGAAGCCCGCCGAGAAGCCGCGCGACCGCGCCGCCGUCACAUGUGCAAUCACCUUCGCGACGGCAGCGAGGGAGACGGCCGCGGUUGUCGAAGAGGGCGAGGCGCUCGAGCGGCGGCGCCGCGCGCGCGCGGCGCGGCGGCGGUCGCGGCGCGCGCUCGCGCGCGCGGCGCGCGAGGUCGCCACGUGCGACCCGCUCGCGGGCUUAAACUUGCCCUACGUGCCGCGCGUCGCGCCGCUGUCGCUGCGGGGCUGCCUGCGGCGGUUCACGGCCCCGGAGACGUUGCUGGAGGAGGAGGCCUGGCGCUGCGAGGGCUGCGCCGCGAUGCGCCGCGCGACGAAGCGCGUCGCCGUCUGGCGCGCGCCGCGGAUCCUGGUCAUCACGCUCAAGCGCUUCGCGUUCGCGCGGUCGUCGCGCAAGGUCGAUAGGUACGUCGACUUCCCGCUCGAGGGCUUAGAUCUGGCGCCCUUCGUCGCGCACGCGGGCGGCGAGACGGGGCGCGCCGACCUGACCUACGACCUUUUUGGGGUGGUGAACCACUUUGGCGCGGCGGGCUACGGCCACUACACGGCCUUCGUGCGCGACCUCUUCGCCGUGGGCGGGCCGGGGCCCUGGCUGCGCUGCGACGACUCGAGCGUCGCCGAGGUGCCGGCCGACGACGUCCGGUCGUCGGCCGCGUACGUGCUCUUCUACGCGCGGCGCGACGCGGUCCGGGCGGAGAGCCUGUCCUCUCCUCCCGAUAGUAACGUGUGA